CGUAUCGCGCACCUGAUUGGCUCCUCAACCGGAAGUAAACAUCAUGUGACGUUGCAAAUCAGCUGAUCCUCCGUAGACAUCUUUACGAGUCACGACUGCGGACUUUAAUUCAUACCUCAUCGUCUGUGAUUUGCGGGCCCGCGCGGAUCUUUGACAGCUGCAACCAUGGCGCUCAGCGAUGCCGAUGUUCAGAAGCAGAUCAAGCACAUGAUGGCCUUCAUUGAACAGGAGGCCAAUGAGAAGGCAGAAGAGAUUGAUGCAAAGGCAGAAGAAGAGUUCAACAUCGAGAAGGGUCGUCUGGUCCAAACUCAGAGGCUGAAGAUCAUGGAGUACUACGAGAAGAAAGAGAAGCAGAUCGAGCAGCAGAAGAAAAUUCAGAUGUCAAACCUGAUGAACCAGGCUCGACUGAAGGUGCUGAAGUCCCGGGACGAUAUGAUCUCGGAAAUGCUGAAUGAGGCCCGCCAGCGGCUCGUUAACGUCGCAAAAGACCCAGCAAAGUAUCCAGCUCUGAUGGACGGAUUGAUCUUACAGGGAUUUUAUCAGCUUCUGGAGCCCAAAGUGACGAUUCGCUGCCGUAAGCAGGACUUCCAGAUGGUACAGGCCUCCAUCCAGAGGAAUAUUCCCAUAUAUAAAGCAGCUGUGAAGAGCAACAUCGAGGUCCGCAUCGACCAGGACAACUUCAUCCCCUCUGACGUUUCUGGAGGUGUGGAGAUCUAUAAUAGUGACGGGAAGAUCAAGGUGGCGAAUACCCUGGAGAGCAGACUGGACCUCAUGGCUCAGCAGAUGAUGCCUGAAAUCCGAGUGGCUCUCUUCGGUGCCAACCCAAACCGCAAGUUUAUGGACUAAAUAGCUCUGCUGUAUUAGAAUUUAAAAAAAAAACAAAAAAAAAAAAACCCUCUCCUUUUAUUUUUUAUUUUGUCACUUGAAAGACGUCAUUCCUCUGUCUGUGAAACGAAUUUUUCCGGUGCAAAAGAGACACAUCGUUGUUGUGUGAUGUAUCGCUGUAUUUUUUCUGUGCAUUAAGGGACAUGAUGGAUGCUGCAGCUCAACAUUACAGAUGUGCACCACAGGUACUGCACAGUUGUUUACUCUGCCACUCCCCUCCGAGGGUCUCGGUUUACACUGAUUAGUCGGGGACAACGAGGAUCUGCUGAUUGGCUGGAUGUUCUAACAGGUUGUCCUCUAAUUAGAUCAUGACAAACACAGCAUCCGUGUCACAGUUCACCCCCAGUUUCAUUAACCUCUACUCCACGCCAUGUAAAUUGGGGCAUUGUGUUGCUAAUGGAUGUCUGCUCCAACCUAUUACACAGAAAAUAAAUGGCAUCCUAUAGACAAAACCGAAGACCGUACAUGACCUGAGUUAAUUUAUUGAUGCGUGUUAUUCUGUCAUGGAUUAAACGAGUGGGUGAUAUCAUUCCAGAGGGUGCACUGUAUGUAUAUGAGGUUUCCAGAUUAAAUUAUACGUAUGUGUGGUUGUUUUUGUUCUCUUCUUUGUUUUUGUUUGUGUCUCAAAUUGAAGAUGUUAUAUUGUGGAAAUGUUAAACAUAAUAAAAUAUAAAUCAUUAGUAUCA